AUGAUUUUGAAUAUAAUUUUAUUAAAUAAAAUGUUAAAUAAAGUAUAUCAAUUUUUUAUGAAAGAUUUAGGAAUGAUCAAUAUUUUAUUAGUAUCGUUAAUAAUAAUUACAGAACUAAAAAAAAAAGUUUUUAUUUUUUGUUAUUUUACAUAUAUUUGGAUAUUUCAAACUCUCCUGUGCAACAUACUUAUUUCUACUUGUUUAUAUUAUAAUAGAAAGAAUAAAAAAGAAAGUAAAUUGAAAGACAAUAUAAACUCUUUUUUAGAUAUAGGAUCAUUUUAUAAAUAUGAAAAACUCACUAAUUUAUCAAAAAAAAAUAAUCAUAAUUUUAUAAAUUUAUAUGAAAAGGAUGAAAUUAGUAUUUUUCAAUUAUUUUAUUGCAUAUACUUAAAUAAUAUUUUCCCUUCUUUAUUUCUGCCGUUUUUUUCAACACUUUUGAUUCUUAAAUAUAGAAUUUUAACACAUGAAGUUGCGAUAUUAUCUAUUUUAUAUGUAAAUAAGUUUGUACUUUCAAGUAUAUACCUAAGAUAUGUAAAAAUUAAUAUCUUAACUUAUAUUGCUUAUAACUUGUCUUUUUUCUUUGUAAUUAUAAAUUUAAUUAAAAUUAAUGAAAAAUUAUUAAUUAUUUUCUUGUUUUUCUUUCUAAAUUUUACGUUCUACCAUCUAUUGCUGAUAGGGUGUUUUUAUUUAACAAAUAAAGUGUUUACCUUUUUAGAAGGAUUACUAAUAAGUGUUAUAGGAACUUUAAUUCUUGACUGUUCUUUUUAUUGCCAUCUAUAUAUCUACUUAAAUAAUCAAAUUAUUCCUAACACUUUAUUUAUAUUUUUUAGUAAAAUUAUUAUCAGUUUGGUUAUAUAUGGAAUGUGUUGUAUAUAUUGCUUACAAAAAGAAAUUAAAAAAAAAAAGCUUUUUUUAUCAUCAGUAUUAUUUUUUUUAUAUAAUAUAUUGAAUCUUUUUUCAAAUAAAUAUGAUUCCACAUAUAAAAAAAAUAUAAAAGUAUUUCACAUUAUAAUAAAUAUAAUAAGAAGAAAAAAUAAUUAUCUUUUAAUUUCAUUAUGGUUUAUUAUAACUAUACUAUAUUUAAUUUAUAUUUAUAAUAUAGCAAAAAAAAAUAAAAAUCUUCCCUAUAUUAGAAAACAUUAUCAUUUUCUUCUUCUUAUAAAUGUCUAUUUAUCAUUUAUAACGAACAAAGUUGAAUUACUGAUAUUAACUCUUUCUUUUGUGUUUCUAUUAUUUAUUUUAAUUGAAAUUAUAAGAAAAAUUUACGAAAGUCUAUUUCCUUUCUCUAAUAUUAUAAAAAAAAUCAUUACAAGAUUUAUAGAUGAAAGAGACAAAAAAGGAUUGGUUCUUACUCAUAUUUACCUUUUAUCUGGUGUAUAUAUUCCAAUAAUCAUAGAUGCAAUAUUUAAUGAUAAAAAUUAUAUUCAUAAAAAAAAUCAAAUAACUUAUGAUUUUAGAGAAACUAACUUAACUUUAUAUAGUAUUGGAUUAAAUACACUAUGUAUAGGAGACUCAUUUGCUGCAAUAGGAGGACUGAUAUAUCCAAAACCAAAAAUAAAAAAUACAAAUAAUAAAUCAUAUGCAGGUUUACUGUUUUUUUUCUUUAGCACUUUUUUCUCAUUAAUCAUUUUUGAGUAUUUUUUUGAAAGAAAAUGCUUAAAUUUAAAUAUUUUUUUUAUCGUUUCUUUAUUUGGUGCCAUUUUUGAAGCAUACCUUUAUGAUAUAGAUAAUUUAUUAUUACCUUUGUUUACUUUUUGUGUUUACUUAAGUUUUGAGAAUUAA